AUGCGUAAAGUUGCUGCUGCAUGUGAUUCAUGGUUACUAGCUGCGUCUUUCUUUCUUGCUUCUGAGCGUUCUUUUAAUCGAGCUGAAAGGGAGGGUCUGAAUCUGCUCAAUCCUCGAGCGGCACCACCGAGCAAGCAAAGGCAUCGGCCGAGGAGGUUUAAAAAUGCCCCUCUUGCAGCCACAAGAAACCAAUACCCGCAUCAUGUUAAGGACCAUAACGGGGAGGACCUGUUCUUGUAUGGACUUGCAGAUGGGAAAUGGGAAGUUAAGCCACCUGUUGAGCUGGUACCUGCAGAUUUUCCGGAACCUUUUACAGGUAUUAACUAUGUAAGAGAUGAGAUGCCUGGAAAUGAAUGGUUGCUUUUUGUUACCGCUGCAAGUGAUUCAUGGCUGAUAGCAGUGGCUUUCUUUCUUGGUGCCCGUAACUGUACUUUCAGUAAAGCUGACAGGAAUCGUCUCUUCACAUUGAUCAAUGAUCUACCUACAUUGUUUGAUAUUGUCAGUGAAAAGGCAAAGGAAAAGCCAUCGGAUUGUAACCCUAGCAGCAAGAGAUUCAAGCCAAGUGCACAAGCUGGAGGUAGUAAAUCCUCAACCAGGAGCAAGAAAGCACAGGGUAAAGAAAGUGUAUCAUGGUAUGAGGUAUGUGGUGCAUGUGGAGGACGUGAAUCACAUGUGGACUGGAUAUGUUGUGACACGUGUAAUCACUGGUUUCAUGACGUAUGCGUUAACAUUACCCCUCAAGAGGCUAAGCAAGCGAAGGGCUACGAAUGCCCCUAUUGCAGCAUCAUGGGAAAGCAGACCAAGUGA